GCCGUCACUUCCGGAAUCUGGGCGCCGCGAGGUGGUAGAGCAGAUCUUGGGGAGCAGUGGGGCGCCAGGCUAGCCAACUGCCCGGUCCCCGCCCCCUCGCCACACUAUGGUCUGCCUUACCACUCUUCUCUGCAAGGCCUACCGCGGGGGCCACCUAACCAUCCGCCUUGCGCUUGGCGGCUGCACCAACCGGCCCUUUUACCGUAUUGUGGCUGCCCACAACAAAUGUCCCCGGGACGGCCGUUUCGUGGAGCAGUUGGGCUCCUAUGACCCGCUGCCCAACAGCCAUGGAGAAAAGCUCGUAGCCCUCAACCUGGUCAGGAUCCGGCAUUGGAUCGGCUGUGGGGCUCACCUCUCUAAGCCUAUGGAGAAGCUUCUAGGUCUUUCUGGUUUUUUUCCUCUGCAUCCUAUGAUGAUUACAAAUGCUGAGCGACUUCGAAGGAAACGAGCACGUGAAGUCCUCUUAGCUUCUCAGAAAACAGAAGCUGAGGCUCCAGAACCAGAAACAAGCUGACUUCAGUGAACAGUGAUAACAAGGUCACAGUCUUCUAAAGUACUUGUGUAGAGCUCUUUAUUUUGUUAGGCGGGAAGGUUAAUAAAAGUCAUCCAUUCUCUUCUGGCCUAACUUAAACAAGGGCUAGGCAGAUUUGUUCUUGCUUGACCUAAGAGCUCCGUGUGGAUACUAAAUAGGUUUUUCUGCCUUUAUCUUGGGAAAAAAACAACUCUGUGGGUAGGAUUGGACUUUCUGUUGGGCCUUGCCUGGGUCCACAGGCAACCUUACAAUUUGUUGCCUUCUAAGCCUUUCUCACUUCAAAGCCCCCUCUUGGCCUACUUAUGUUUCUUUCCUCAUAAAUGUUUCUUUCCUCAUUCAUGGUCAUCCCACAAGAACCAACACAGAUACCUUGCUUAUUUUUGUAAUGGGAAGUUUAUGUUUCCUUGGCACAUAAUUGUACUUUUACAAAGAUAAUGAAAAUUGUUUUUGGGCUAUAAUAGCCUAGUUUUUAAGAAUUAAGAUUUAUGUAUGAAAACAUUACAACAAAUUACCCUUGUACAAUUAAUAUGUACAUAAUAAAAAAGUAAAAAAAAUUGGAAUGAAGCUAAAGCACCUACACACAUGUAAAAUUACUCAUGAGGAUUCUAAUUUAUAAAAGGAGGAAGGAUUAUCUUUAAUUUACAAAUUUGCUAGCUGGGACUCUGGUGGUAGUAACUUAAGCUCAGCAAUACAGAAUUCAGACUAUUUUGCCUAUUUGGAAAGUCCUUUCCAGUUUACUGUGUUACCUUUAUGUAAAGAUGGGCUUUUACAGUUCACUUAGCAAGUAAGUUGAUAGAAUUGUGUUUGGGUAUCAUGAGUUUGGUACUGUAAAUUACUAGUUGUAGAAAAACAAAACAUGUCUCACUAAACUGUAGGAUUCUACACCCAUAAACAUGAAUUAAAUGGCUUUGUGC